UUCACCUUCUCUUUUCUCUCUCAUCACACAAAAGAUCCUUUCAACUUAUUACUCUCGCAUUCAUCCUCUUUCGGUUUUCAACUUUUAAACCACAUCUACCAAUGCAAGAAGAAAGAAACUUAAUUGCCCAUUUAAGAGGGAACUAAACCACUGCCACUUAAAAGCCUUUUUAGAGAGAGACAGAAAAAAGAGGAUUCUAGUGAGAGAAAGUCAUGCUUCUGUUCUGAUGUUACAAACAAACAAACAAAAGAGCAUGACCCUUCUACCUUCGUAGCUUUUCUAACCUACCUUUUUUCCUCUCUUCCAUUCCCUCAGAAAAAUUAAAGAAACACCAGAUUCAAACAGUCAAAGAUUGGAUCUUUUUUGGAGGUUUUUUGUAAUUAUGGCUGUCCAUGCACAGUGCUACUCUGAUCUUUAUCAGAAUAAUAACAUGGGCUUCGCUAAUUUACCCCAGGAUUGGGUUCUCAUGACUGGUUCCUCUGUUUUUGGAAUUGGGGAUGAAAACAGAGCUUCCUGUCCAUACGAACAACAACAAGAUCAAAGGUUUCUUGAGCCUCAAAAGAUUAUGAAUUCCGCUUCUGAUUAUCAUAAUCUUGUUCUAUCUUCUUCAAAUUCGAGAAGAAACGGGAUGAUUGGGUUUCAAAAUUUGUCUUCUGAGCUUGAGAGACAAAGGUUAGAGAUGGACUGUUUUCUUCAUUUUCAGAAUGAGAAAUUAAAAGCCGUGUUGAAUGAGGAAACAAGAAGAAGAGAGGUGAUCAUGAUGCAAGGUUACGAAUCAAAGAUGAAGGCGAUAAUGGAGGCAAAAGAACAAAUCUUAAACACCGCAACAAACAGAACAAUAGAGCUUCAAAACUGUUUACUAAUGGCGGAAAAAGAAGCGAAAGAUUGGGAGAAAAAAGCCAUUGAAAACGAAGCCAUGGUUACUGACCUCAACAGAAAGCUAUACCAAGCUAGAGAAAGAAACCAUGAAGAUGCAGAAUCAGUCUGUAAUGGAGGUGGUGAUCAUGAUCACGAUGAUGAAGAUGAUGAUGACGAUGAGAGAGAAACAAGAGAGAAGAAAAUGGUAUGCAAGGUCUGUCACGUGAGAAGCUCGUGCAUCCUAUUGUUACCUUGCAGGCAUCUGUGUUGUUGCAGGGGUUGCGAAGGUCUACUGAUGUUUUGUCCUGUUUGUGAAACUGUUAAAAAUGGAAGAUUGGAGGUUUUCUUUGGUCUAAAUUGAGGGGGGUAAAAUGGUCAGAAAAAAAAGUUAAAAAAAUAGGGUUGGAUGUGUUUCUUUUUAUGGGGUCUUUGUUAUGAAAAAGAUCUUUUUGGCAGUAGUUUUAGUGGCAAAGAUCCAAAAGUGUUGUGGGUACGAUGGGAAACGUAUAAAAAGAUGGCCUUUGUAAAGAAUCUUCAUUGUUUCAGUUUCACCCCUUUACUUUUAUGAUAUUUACUUUUAAGUCCA